AUGUUACACUUUCACGCGGUGCAGGCGUCGGUGUGGGGCGGAGGUGACGAGGUGACGUGUGCGACCCUCCCACCUGCCUGGCGUCACGCUUCACGCGCGCCAUCGUCCUGCGGCCCACCCCAAUUUGCCUCCGCGGCGUCGGCGGCUUCCAGCAUGCACGCAGAACAAGGGCGGGAGGACGUCCCUGGCGUUUAUGCGAGGCUGGUGGGGGUGGAGUUCAUUGGCUCUUGCUACGCCUCGGGCUCGCUGCAGGAGACGGUGUUGGCGUUCCGCAGCUCCGAGCGCACGGGUGCGUUGGAUGCGGCGGCAGCAUCCCCCGCCCCCGGCGACAGUGGCGCGUGCGGUGACGGGGCGGCGGUUUCGGUGGUGUACUUUAUGGCCCUCCUCGUGGCCUCCUGCAAUGGAACCGACACCUCCAUUGAGGCGGUGCGCUGCGCGUUCUGCGGCGCGGCGGAUGACGGGGCUGAGCCGCACGGCAAGAGGGAGCCGGCGGGCGACGCAGCGGGCACGGCGCCACCGUCGCCCCGCACAUUGCAGGAGGCGUUCAUGGACCGGGAGCCGGACCUCCUGCUGCGGCGCCUGUGGGACCUGCUGCAGCGCGGAGCCCGCUCACAGGAGCCGAAGAUGGAGGGGGCUCCCCCGUCCCCCACCGCGGCGUCGGCGUCGUCGUUUCAGCUCAUUGACCGCACGCCGCUGCUGCUCCGCGCGGGGGUGAUGGACGUCGUGCAGGCGAGUCUGGCCAUGCCGCCAUCGUGCCUGCCGGCGUUGGCGCCCGCCGGGCAGGGGACUCAUAGCCGCGCGGCCGCAGGGGCGGGAGGCGGCCCUCGCGAGGGGGUGGCGACGCACGGGUUGAUGUUGUCUUUCACGGAGCGCCUGGACGCGCGGACGGCGGCGGCGGCGAUGCCGGAGGGGCGGCAGCGCCACCCGCGACGCUCCUUCGCGAGUCUGCGACGGUUCCUGCAGCGACGCACGGACGCCGCGGCCGCACCUGCGGGAGAGGCGGCGUGGGACGUGGCCCCGCACCGCUACUUUGUGUGGCUGCACGUCGUUGGCACCGACCUCUUUUACGAGGCGACCGUGACGGAGAAGGUCGGCGUCCCGCUCCCCACCCGCCUCGCGAGCUCCACGACGCCCUGCAGCGUCCUCCACGAGCACGCGAGUCGCAAGACGGAGGAGACGGAUCCACUUGGGCAAUGGGUGGCGUCCACGCCCACGCCACGGCAGGCCUCCGUGCAGAGUGAGACGCCGCCCGGGGUGGCAGCGCGGCUCGCCGUCGCCGCGCUUCCAGCGAAUGCCUUCUGUCAGGUGGGGUAUUUUCUACAGCGCAAUGCGAGCGACGCCGCACUGGAGUGCGGCGGGCGAACGAUUACCGCCACGUUUCACUGGAUCUCCGCCUGCGACUACGCCAAACAGGGACUGCAGGUGAAGGAGGUCUCGUACGUGCAGGAGGGCGACGCCGCGGCGUCUGGUGCAGGCGUCUUUGGCUUCAUUAGGCGUAAAGGCGGGUCGCGCCGCCAGCGGCAGCGCGCACGGAGGUGUGAGGACGGGCAGCCUGCAUCGUCGCCUCCCGCCGUCGUGGCGCGUCGGCGAACGUUGGAGGUGCGGGCGACCGCGCAGUGGAGCCUGGCGCAGUACCCGCAGUGGCACCACUGGGACCCGGUCACGCAGCGGCUGUCGUUUUGGGCGGCCUUUCGAACGUACGAUAAGCUGCGCAUCGUCGCCUUCCACGGACAUCCCGAUAAGCGCUGCUGCGAGUUUGAGCGGAAUCUGCCGCGGCGGCGUCACAACUUUGCCUCCGCUGCCGCUUCCAGCCCUACUUCUGCGGGCCCGGCACACCACGACGGCGGCGGCGCAGAGGCGACAAGCACGCCGCCGCGACCGCUCGCCGUGGCACGCGGCUUCGGUGUGUCCGGCGCCUGCAACGACGCUCCUCGCGGCGAGGCCCUCGGCAGCGGGGCGGCACUGCCGGAGCCGUGGGGGACCGCCUGCUGCUCCGCCCUCGCGCGGCUGCACAUGACAAUAGUGCCCGUGCAGUACGAGGACGGGGCGCGGGAACUCAUGCUGUGUGAGCAGCUCUUUCUCUCCUGCGAGGAGAGCCGCACCGGUACGUUCCUCGCGGCCGCGCGAGCGGCGACGCAGGAGCUCGGUCCCCCCGCAAUACUCUGCACCAUCACGGCACUCCGCAACUGCGUGGACGCGGUGAGGGUCACCGUUCCGCUCACGCCCGACGAACGCCGUCGCACCACCUACGACACCCGUGUGACAUUUUUCUCCAUUGCUGGCAUGAUUGCGAUUUAUUUGCCCGGUGUGUGCGUGCACUACGUCGAUGUCCACCACUCGGACGCCCCGCCGCGUUAUUUGUUUGGUGUGCGCCUGCGUCCCCCAGCCGGAGCCCCCGCCGCGACGCCGUCGCCGCUGGUGUCGUACCUGCCUGUGCCGUUUGGCCGCUGGUUGUACGUUCCCGGCACAGUGAUGCUAUUCGAGGCCGCCCUCCACCCGUCCUCCGUGUGGCGGUUUAUACGACGCUACUUGAUAUGCCGUUGGCUGUGUCGGGUGCGGGCGAGCGGGAUCCCCGCGGUCGGCGGCGCCUGCAUCUCCCCACGCGGCGGCGAGCGACAGGAGCUUCCCAGUGAAUACUUCGAUGGGGACGCCCCGCAGGACUUUGUGUGGCGGCGCCGGCCGCAGGAGGCCCCUGCAGCUGCCGCCUUUCUUCAACCUGCCCCGUUGCAUUUCGCGGUGCAUGUGGCCCUCACGCAUCUGCAGCCACCACGCGCAGCGGGGGAGGACGAGCUCGGCGUGGACCCACCGCCGCGCCGCCGUGACCCCGCGCCGUUGCCGGGCGCCGGGCCCCACCCACCGGCGUCAGCGUCGUGCCUUGGCUGGGAAGGGGCGUGGGCGGCGCGGGAUGCGCAGCUGGAGAGCGUCUUUGCCGCACACCUGUCCGCGGACACGUGGCGGGACGUAUCUGUGGAGUUCCUCUCGGCGCUCGUGCUCAGUGAGGCGUACGCGCGUACGCGUCUUGUGUGCUGCUGGCGUCCCGCACGCAGUCGGAGGGAAGGCGCCGCAGAGGCCAACGGCGGCAAGAGAGACGCCCCCGCCAGCGCGGCCGAGGCGCUGGGGCUGCGCAGCCCGCACUUCGUCCGCCUGCCGCUCUGGGACCCCGCCGGGUUGGCGGCGGCGGAGGCGCAGUGCCGUCGCGAGGUCGCCGCGUAUUCUCGCGCCUGGCGCCACCAGCAGCAGCAGGGGCAGGGGCAGGAUGAGGAGGAGGAGAUGACGCGCACGGUGCCUCUCGGCGGCGGCUUGCCCCACGAGGGCGUGAGCCCCGCGGCGACUGCCUUUCCGCCGCGGGAGCGGAGCCCACUCGCCACGUCGCCGCCCCCACGACAAAAAGCAGCAACAGCAGCGGAGGAGGGAACGACGGGAGCAGCGUCAGCCGCCCGACGCAGAGCGUCGUCGGAGGCGCCGAUGACGUGUCCCCGGCGGGAUGUCUCGUGCUCGCUCCAGGCGCCCGUGGAGAGCGGCAGCGGGUUUCUGCCCGAUGCGGCACCGACUACGACGGCGUGGUCAGGUGGGCGGGGUGCCGCGCAGUCGCGGCUUCGCAUGGAGGGCGCGAAGGAGACCGCCGUGCCUCCGGCGCUGCUGGUGCGUGCGGUGAGUUAUUGUGGCGCGGCGGUGGCAAGGCAGCAGUGCCACAACACCGUCCCCGAGUGGUGGUUGGCCCACGGGGUCUGCGUGCAGCCGGCGCCACCACGCUCGCCGCGUACGGCGCCGCAUUUGCGCCUGCUCUUCACUUCUCGCAGCACGCCAGACGACGACAACAACGGCGCAAGAGGCACCUCGCUGCUUCGUCGCAUACGCGACGCCUUUACGCACAGUCAUGGCAGCCAUCCUCCCAGCACGCCAGUCGCCUCGCUACGCUCCGCUUCCUCCUUCUCCGCCUGCUCGGGAGCCUCAAUGAGUUCAGUGGGGCGUGUGGCAUUGCCUGCGUUUCCUGCAGCCGCCUCUGCCGGUGGUGACUCGUGUGCCGCUGGCACAAGUGAGGGGUUAACCAGCAGCGGCGGCAGCAGCAGCAGCAGCAGCGGCAGCAGCGCCAGCAUACGAGGCAGCGGCAAUUCCACAGGCUCGACGAAGUUUGUAUUGUCCUCCGCCUUUUGUGCGCCUGCGGACUCCCGCGCGCCGUCGGGAAGUGGGGAGGGCGGCGGCUUCCCUGCCACCAAGUUUGCGCCGCCGCCGCCGACGACGCUCCCACACACGCAGUCGGCGGCGUCCAUUGGAAGCUUGCCGCCUCACACGGGCGGUGCCCCGGCGUCCACUGCCGCGCACCCCACCUCAGCCCUUGAUGCGCCCUCGCCGGAUCGAAUGAGACAUGCGCCUUUUGAGGGACCUUCGUGCGGGGCGCCGUUUGCGGCGGCGGUGCUGGAGCAGCUGCAGCUGUUGCUGAAGACGUCCCCCGCCGGGCACGCGCCGCGGCCAUCGGAGCAGGCGUCGCAACAUUCUCCGCAGCGCGGAGAUCGGCGUGCCCCGGAAGCGCCGUGGAGUUCGCGCUUUUUGACGCCUUCUGCCGCGUCUUUCUUCGCCUCGUUACUGGCGGAUGGCGCGACACUGAGCACGGCCGCUGCGGCACACCUGGAACUUCUGGCGCUGUUGUACGACGCCGCCGUUGCGUCUGUCGUGCACGCGCUUGUGCGUAUUGCAAUCUUGUCUCAUCCUACUCCUUCUUCUUCCCCGGCUACUUCCGCCGCCGCCGCCGCCGCCGCCGUGAAUUCAGCUGCUAGUUGCAGUCAAGGCCACGAACCCGCGGCCUCAAGACGGGGACGGGAGGACGGCGCCGGAGGCGUGUUGGCACGCUGGAGCUUUGGGCAGCGGCUUGCCUUGGCGCUGGAGCGGCUUGGGGUGCCGCCCUCGCUGCAGCUCGUGGAGAGCCUCGCACGCGAGGGUCUGCGGCGGUUUCCCGCGCGCGCCGUCAUCGCCGGGCUGCGGUGCGGGGCGCUUGAGGGUGUGACGCUGGCGCUGCUGCUGCGGCACCAGCCUGCGUUGGCGGCGCUGCUGCGCGAGCACGUCGGUGCCUGUGCCCCACAGUUGAGUCGCGAGUUGGGCCUCCUCCCCGCCCCCGCCCCCGCCGCCUGCGCGCUGCACGGUCUUCUGACGCCGGCGGAGGAGCAGGCGCUGGCGGAGACCACGCGGCGGGCGCUCUGCGGCGACCCCGCCACGCCCGCGCCCAGCCGGAGCGGCUACAGAGACGCCACCGCCCCCGCCGCCCUGGCGCUGCAGCCCGCCUUUCUGCCACGCUCGCAGGCCCGCAUGCUGCUCUCGCGCCUCCUCACGCACGCCGCCGCGGCGCCGCAGGAAGUGACGCUCCCGCGCGAGGGCAGCGAGGGGGUUUUCACGCAAACCGCACCACCGCGUGAGCAGAAGCGGCAGCUCAUGACCGUGCUGGACCCGGCGCCUUACCUGCAGCGCGGCGGCGAGAGGAGCAUCCCGCCCGAAACGGAGUUUGCCUCGCCUUUUCCACCGUUUCAGUGGUGGUGGCAGCAGCGCGCGGCGCGGCGGACUCGCGUCCACAGUUUCACCUGCCGCGGCACGAAUGCCGCGGACGGCCGCAGCAGUAAACCCCUGUUUACGACGCCAACGAAGGUGGGUGCAGUGGCUGCGGCGCCGUGCACGCCCUUGCCGUCCCCCGCCGCGCCGCUGCGCGCGGGUUUGCCAUUCGACGACAAACACGAGCCGGACACGUCGAGGGGCACCGGUUCCCUUCUCUCACUGUGUGAGCCGGCCUUGGCGUGGAGCGCGGACGGCGACGGCGGGGUUUGCCACCCAAUCGAGGAGGCGCAGGAGGCCGCCACGGCGGCUGUCACGGCACUCCUCCCGCAACUCCUCGCUGCAACCCCGCUGGGGCCCACGGUUGCGAAGGAGCGGGCCAAAGCGGCCAUGUCCAUCGCACUCGACCCGUUCUUUAAGAGGGACUGA